AUGUCCUUUUCCACUACGACAGGCUCUUCAUCGUACGGAGGAGGUGAAUUGAGAGAACGACAACAUAUUACCAGUGUUUUGGGCAGCAGCAGCAGCAGCGGUGGUAGCACUGCUGGUGGAAUCGCACCUCAUUUGCAGAACAGCCGGUUUGAUGAUGUUCAACUUUUUGAUGAUCGUGGUAGCGCUAAUUUGGCUCCUCAUCUUCAGCAAUCUUAUCAUCAUCAUCAAGGUGGAGUUCAUCCACAAACACACUCCUAUGAUCCUUCACAUACCAACACGAAUUAUAAUCAAUUUUCUAACGUGAUGAUGAUGAAUGAAAAAUAUCAAUCCGGAUCGUCCUUUCUUUACAACAAGAGAAUUGUUCCUAUUUUGAUUGUGAGCAUGAUCCCCGUAUUAACACUUGCUGGAAAAUAUAGUUUGUUUGUUUUGCUUAUGGGAUUGUUGGGCAUGUACACUUUGGACUUUCUUCAACAAAAAGCCUAUGCCUUUCUAACGUUUUGGGUCUCUCUGUGUUUGUUUUGGGCCAGCAUUUACACAACAAGUGCAUCUCUACUCUGGAUUUCAGUUUUCAAUAUAUUUGUGUUGCUGAACGGAAGCUUAUUUGUUAUGCUUACAGGCUUUUGGGCGUCCCUUCAAUCUGAAUGGUUCAAAACAUUUUCACCCGAUUUAGUGUUUGUCACGGAAAGACUGGUCUUUGCCAUGCUUCCAGUAGUUACCAUUCCUUUAGUAAUUUCUGUUGUUGUAGGUCUUGUCGGAAUUGCAAAUGCACCAUUUUACUUGGUGGGCGUUUUGUGUUUGUACGCCUUCUUGGUUGGAAGAAGAGAGGUCUCAUCAUUCUCAAAGAAUAGAUACAUUCAACAUCCUCUCGAAUCUCGAGUUUUGAUCUCCAUGAUUUUUUUGCUUCCACCAGUUUUUCACAUUUUUAUUUACCACAACACAUUCAUGGAUAAUUUUGCCUCACAUCUUUAUGCUCUGAAUGCAUUGGUUGCUUUGGCAUUAUUGUUCAUCUCGUCUGAUCCAGCUGGAUAUUUGUGGGCAUUUAAUGAUUCAGCUUACGAUAUGAUCAUUAAUCCAGCAAGAGCAACCAAGGGAGUGAAUUUGAAGAUUGAAAGCCACAACACCAUGAGAUAUUUUGUCCAGCUCAUUUCAUUGGCGUUGCUUAACUUGUGGAUUGAAUUUAGAGUAAUCGUACCAAGAUACCAUUAUUUAAUUCCAUUUGGAAGCCCAUGGGACAAGAUUAUUGUCUUUGGAGCACUGAACACAUUGGCUAGCUUUUUGUUGUUGGCAAUUUACAAUCAGAAUUACACUGGUCCAAACAAGAAUUCCCUUACCAAAUCAUUAUUAACCAUAUUCAUGGUAACGGCCUCAUUUUUCGGUGGAAUUUUGAUCGGCCUUCCUUUCUAUUUGCUUCCAUUCCCAAUUAUUGCCAUGUUCUUUGGUGUUAGUUAUACAUUUGAAAAGAAGGUUUACAAAAUUUGGGUUUUCGUUGGAUGUACCAUGAUUUGUGCUCUUUGGUUUGUUGCUCACCAUUUCUGGUUUUUGAAGUUUGAAUUUGGAGUGUCAUUCUUGCCAUUUAAUUGGUCUUUAAGAAUGACACACAGCACUAUGUUGAUCCUAUUUUUGCUUGCCGUGUCUAUGUUGGCUAUUCCAUACACUCUACCUUCUGAUGACGAGUCCACCCCAAAAGCAAUUGGAACAAAAGAAUACUUCUCAACAGCACGAAACGUUAUUUUAAUUGCUCAAGUUCUUCUCUUAGCGCUUUUGGAACAAUUACUUUAUGAGCAAGCCGAAGGAUUUUACUCUCCAACUCUCAUUAUAAUUACUACUGGUUUUGGAGUGGUAUUUUGCAAGAGACUCUUCCAGCUCAAAUUAAUUUCGAUUGACACCGUUUCUCUUUUGACUUCGCUUUACAUUUCCAAGCUGGCUAUUAUGCUCUCUCAACAAGGUGUAUACGGAACAUACAUUAGUGCUGUCUUUGCUACAGUAUCUUUCAGUAGAAUGUACUACGCUACCAUUACAAACGAUGGAGACAAAACUUUCAGCGCUAGCCCAGCAACAUGUGUUUUCUAUAUUUUUGCAAGUGGAAUUACCUUAUUUUUAACACGUAAUGUGUUGCUUAAGACAAUGAUGUCUGUUCUCAUCGAUACCAGAUUUUAUGACAUGAAUCAAGCACAUUUAUUUGGUUUCUUUUGCAUUGCUUGGGGAAUUGCUAUUUUGCCACUUUCUAUUAAUUACAUGAAACAUAAUUCACUUGUGAAGAGAUUCAACGUGUUUUUGAUAUUAAUUGGAUUGAUUGUUGCAGUGUUGCAACCAAGUCUUGCGUUCUUCUCAUUCAGUGAUAUUAGCAGCUCCUCAGUAUCAGGUACAGCAGGAUUUGCAGGUGAUUUUAACUCUCUUGAAAAAACCUCUGAAUCUCUCUCUGAUUUUAUUCCUUGGAUUGUGAUUGUUACUCUGGUUGUUCUCUUCAGUUUAGACAUUAUUUCAUUGGGAGAAAGAUCUAACCUUGUGAUUAGAAUUGCAUUCUUUGUGUUAGUUGCAGUGGGAUUUUCGAUUAGUUUCUCAGGACUCUAUCUCUAUUACACAAGAAUUUGGACUCAUUUGACGAUAUUAGUUACAAUGGUGAUUGCUGCCCUAGUGAUUUAUACGACUCACUUCCCUCUCAAUCACUCCUAUCAACCAUCCUUAUUCUUGUUUGCUGCUUUUGUCAUUACUCUUCCAGUCACCUAUUUGUCAAUUUCUAUUGAUGAAGAAUCUCUCAAACAAAAGAACAGCUUCCUCAAGGCUGAGUCAUUGCAUCCAAGUACUUAUUCAUUUGUUUUGACGGAGCUUACAAAGAGUGCCAGAAUUGCAGUGCUGGGUUUGUAUUGUGCCUUGUCAGCCCUCAUUGCAAUCCUGAUUAAAUUCAAGCUCAUUGGAUAUCCUCUAAUCAGAAUUAGAAAGGCCAACAAAGUAUUGAAUGUGAAGAAUGACAGUGAGAGUGCCUCUCAAACAAUUGAUCCAUAUCUAUCUGUUCCAGGAUCGGAUGAGUUAUCUGUUGUCAACAAUGGUGCUACUGUGGCUUGCUUUGUGUUGUGUAUUGCAUUGACAACUUGGUUGAAUCCCGAUCGAUAUGAAGCUUACUUGCUAUUCUGUUGCAUUUUCUUGCUUCUCAAUAGAGACAGCCAAUUAUUGUCUGAAUUCAAGGACAGCUUGAGAUUUAUUGUGGUUUUGCUUGCAAUGGAAGUUUGCAUGGCAAUGUUCUUCAUGAUUGACACCAUUCUUUUCUUCAGCACAUCUGCAACCUCUCCCAACACUUCAUUUGAUGGAAUGAUUUCACAGUAUGCCCUCAAAUUCCUUCUCCUGAUCCUUACAUUACCAAGUCAUAUCUUAUUCAUUAGAUUCCUUAUGAGAUUGAACAAACCAAAUACUCGACCAAUUUUAAUGUCACUCCCAUUCAGUCUUCUCUCUGCCAUUCUCACCAUUGCAUUCUCUCUCUACUUGGACAACUUUUACAGCUUGAUUUAUAUUACUGUCAGUGCUGUUGGCGCCUCCAUUCUACAAGCCAUGAUUUCUGCACAGUACGUGAGAGAACAAGUCAUUCUUCUCUAA